AGAGGAGCUCACUGACUGCCACAUCCAUGAUGGUUUCUUCAUUUCUCCACUGGAGCAUUUGGUGCCAGGCAUCCUGCCACAAGAGGCCGUCAAAGCCAGGUUCCAAUUUAUUGUACCAAAGAGGUGGCAGAGGAACAGACCAGUAUGUAUUCAGUUAGCUGGGACUGGAGAUCAUUUUUUUUGGCGUCGUCGGACCUUGAUGGCCAGGCCCAUGGUCAAGGAGGCAGGAAUGGCUUCUCUGCUUCUGGAAAAUCCAUAUUAUGGCUAUCGCAAACCCAAAGAUCAACUGAGGUCGUGUCUAAAGAAUGUGUCGGACCUGUUUGUGAUGGGAGGGGCUUUGAUCUUGGAGUCAACUGUGCUGCUGCGCUGGCUGGAGAGAGAAGGAUACUGGCCCUUAGGAAUGACUGGCAUCUCUAUGGGAGGAUAUAUGGCAUCUCUGGCAGUGACUAACUGGCCCAAACCAAUUCCUCUGGUUCCCUGUCUGUCGUGGUCCACGGCCUCCAGUGUGUUCACCACGGGUGUCCUCAGCAGAGCAGUGAACUGGGCCGAGCUGGAGAAGCAGUACGCAGUUAAUUCAGUGUAUGAGACGGAGAUCAUCAAGCUGCUGGAGUACUGUGGGGCUGAUUCUUUUAAGAUGGGAGCAGAACUGCAGAGGAAUCUGGACCCUUUAGGGAAUCUGCUGGACCUGGCAGGAGCUCUGCCAAUCCAAGAUGGUCGUUUCGUUAAAGUGGAGCCGCAGUCUGAAGUCGGCUCAUCACUAUUCAGCAGCAGCAGCAGCAGAACUGUUACCGGAACCAUCACUGCUCACAGUUUGGGCCAUAAGAAGAUGAACUCCCACAAAUGCUGUCGGCCGUCGCUGCACACAGAGUCAAUCAGCUUCAUGAAAGGAGUGAUGGAUGAAUGCACACACAUGGCCAACUUUUCUGUACCCGUAGACACUGGUCUCAUAAUUGUGGUGCAGGCCAGAGAGGACGCCUACAUCCCUCGGACAGGAGUCCUGAGCCUUCAGGAGAUUUGGCCUGGAUGUGAAAUCAGAUAUCUGAAUGGAGGACACAUCAGCGCGUACCUGUUCAAACAGAACUUCUUUAGACAGGCCAUUUAUGAUGCAUUUAACAGGUUUUGCCUGAAGUAUCCAAGCUCCCAGUAGCUGUGGGAGGCUGAGGCCCCGUUAACGCUGGGUCAGGCGCCACAGCCUGAAGAAAGGACAAGAGCUUCAUGGACAGCAGCAACGAUCAGAAACGCGUCGAAUCUUUAGUUCAUCUAGCAGUGGCAGCUUCUGGUUUGCCUCCUCCUGAUUUUCCUGACUUGCCUGGCGUGUGUCUCUGGAAAACUAAAACUAAUGUGGAUGACUGAAGAUUUGUGACUAAGGACAGACUUAGACYUUAUUUUGAUAGGACCCUGUAGGAAUCAUGGAACAUUGGAGGUGAUCUCCUGUUUUUAUUAUUCUGACAUCUCUGGACUUGGAAAUCUCUGGAUUUCACAAGUAGGCAAAUCUACAAUAAGCUACAGAAAUCAUGAAUGUGGGAGCAUAAUUACGGAAACUAAGUAUUCAUUUAAAGCUGUAAAAAAUAUCAGCCUGAGAAUUUCUUGCUGUAUUUGGAACACUAUGCAAAUUUCAUAAAUUAAAAUGUAGUUUUGUGAAUAUUUUAAUGACUUUUUGUAUCUUCUUUUCUUAAAUGAGUCUGAAUGCUGUUGACUUGUGUGUUCUUUGUUGUGUMGAUGGUUCAGUCUUUGACCAGCUAGACCUGAUUUAAACAAAUGUUUUUUAAAAUGCAGCUGUCAUGUCAGCAAUCAUUGUGUAUCUGUAGGGUGGGUCCAAAUCUGCAAGAYGCUGUUUAAAUUUUAUAAGAGAACAUAGAUCAAUUUUUAUAUGAUGUUUGUUACCAUGAUGUAAAUAUUGUCUCCUUAACAACUGAUACUCAUUUAAUUUGGGGACAUUUUAAAUUUGGAGACAGUUUUGGUGAUUUCUGAUGACUAUGCACCAUUUAGAACUGGAGUAUCUGACCCAGUUAUUCAGUGGGCCAACAUUAAAGACUUGAAGAGAGUCAGCCUUGAAAACGUGCCUWCUAUAUUUUUUAUACUAUAUUUUUCAUUUCCAUGUGAAAAUGAGCAAAACUUUACUGUAAACUCCUGUGACAUCAAAUAAGUCAAUCAAUAAUUUGCGUCUUACCCUCACUAGCCUUCUGAGUAAAAUGUCUAUGUAGUAAUUUUUUCUAAACUAACAAUAAUGAUAAUCCAUCCAUCCAUUGUCUAAUUGUUACUCUACUUUAUUCUUUAGAUUUUUUUUAACUACUUUCCUUGAAACAGUUUUGCUCUAUGUAGAUUCUUCCAUUUUGAYCUUGAAACCCUAGAAGACAUUCAAAUUGAGAAGUACUUUAUUGAUCCAAAGAGAAAUUAAAUAUUGUAAAGCAUUUAAUUGAAGAGUCAUCAUGUUGCUUUGAAUGUUGACAAUAAAAUACUUUAUAACUUCA